AUACUUCAGUCACAAUGUCUGAGAAGCCUCAAAAGGUCCUGGGCAUGCCGCCCUUCGUUGCGGACUUCCUGAUGGGUGGUGUUUCCGCUGCCGUCUCCAAGACCGCUGCUGCCCCCAUCGAGCGUGUCAAGCUUCUUAUCCAGAACCAGGAUGAGAUGAUCAAGGCUGGCCGUCUUGACCGCCGCUACACUGGCAUUGGCGAGUGCUUCAAGCGCACUGCUGCCGAUGAGGGUGUUCUCUCCCUGUGGCGUGGUAACACUGCCAACGUCAUCCGAUACUUCCCUACCCAGGCCCUGAACUUCGCUUUCCGUGACAAGUUCAAGAAGAUGUUCGGCUUCAAGAAGGACCGUGAUGGCUACGGCAUGUGGAUGCUUGGUAACCUGGCCUCUGGUGGUGCUGCUGGUGCCACUUCUAUGCUUUUCGUCUACUCUCUCGACUACGCCCGUACCCGUCUGGCCAACGACGCCAAGUCCGCCAAGAAGGGCGGUGAGCGUCAGUUCAACGGUCUCGUUGAUGUCUACCGCAAGACCCUCGCCUCUGACGGUAUUGCCGGUCUCUACCGUGGUUUCAUGCCCUCCGUCGCUGGUAUCAUCGUCUACCGUGGUCUCUACUUCGGCAUGUACGACUCCAUCAAGCCUGUUCUGCUCGUCGGUUCCCUCGCCAACAACUUCCUUGCCUCUUUCGCUCUCGGAUGGUGCGUCACCACUGGUGCCGGUAUCGCUGCCUACCCUCUUGACACUAUCCGACGACGAAUGAUGAUGACUUCCGGUGAGGCCGUCAAGUACAAGAACUCCUUCGAUGCUGCCCGCCAGAUCAUUGCCAAGAACGGUGUCAAGUCCCUCUUCAACGGUGCCGGUGCCAACAUUCUCCGUGGUGUUGCCGGUGCUGGUGUCCUGUCCAUCUACGAUCAGCUCCAGGUCCUCCUCUUCGGCAAGGCCUUCAGCGGUGGCUCUGGUUAAAUUGCUUUUUCUACGUUAUGUAUAGACAUUCUUCGUGCGUUUUACCUCGGAGAUGGGUUUAAUUGGCCAGGUGGGUGUAAUGCGGCGUCCACUGGUUGAUAAAAAAGGAGACCGGAAUGGAAGGUAUUGAGGGAAGUUGGGCCAGAUAUCCCGACCUGUGUAACAGUUGCUAUUUGCGGGUUAGACUGGCAUCGGCACGGCGUAUUAGUCGUUUUUGACUCUGCCGUGCUUUCUAGGUCACUGUAAUUAUACACC